AUGUUCUCCACGUCCCUCAACGAGGACGUCCGCUACCUGCAAGAGGACAUCCAGGCUGUGCAGGACAAGAUUGAUGAUCCCGUCUUGUGCCAAAAGAUUGAGCAAUACGUACAGGCCCCCUUUGAGAUUCAAGAAAUGUACCGCCGCGACGCCGUGACGGAGGGUCUCGACCUGCUCGUCGUCAUCCUCCGCUCGCCCGACAUGCCCAUCCUCUCCCGCCCCCAGGUCCAGCGCGUGUACCGCGCCGCCCGCGCGUACCGCGAGUACAAGAAAUGGCAGCAGGACCUGGAGGACUCGGACGACGACGAGGGCCCGGACAACGACGACGCGUGGUUGUUUGAGGACCUGAACAUUCUCAUGAAGCUCAUGACGCGCAAGCGCGAGAAGGAGUCGAUGCUUGCUCUUAUCUUUGAAGGCGUCACUGCCGAGCUCCUCAAGGACAUUAUCACCAUUUUCUACUCGCCUCUCGCGACUGUGUACAAGGCUGCCAGCAUUGCCGACUCGCUUGGCGACUUGCAGUCGUUCAUCAACGACAUGAUCCGCACCGUCGAGCAGGUCGAAGAGUUGUCCCAGGAAGACCCGCAGCGCACUGUCCAGACCUUCAUCGACCUCGUCCAGCGCCACGAACAGGCCUUUUACUCGUUUGUCCACAACGUCCACUCCAAGGGCCAGGGUCUGUUCGACUCGCUCAUGGGCUGGAUCGAGCUGUUCCUCGGGUACGCGCGCGACGGCCUGCCGCAAAAGCUCGACCUCGAGAUCCUCCUGCCGAUGGACGGCCCGCAGCGCGCUGCCAUCAUGAAGGAAGUCGACGAGGUGGCGCAGUACCACUACAAGCUCAAGGUGCAGCACGAGGAGAAGGUACGCCGGCGGUUUGUGGCUGGCGGAGGCGCCGACGAACAGACGCUCGAGGAGGCCGCGCUCGUCGACAGCGUCAUGCAGAGCCUGUCCAUUGGAGACACGACUGUGGGCGCCGCGGGCGAGAUUGCCGUCGAGGAGAGCGAGGAGGACGACGACAGCGAGGACGACUACGACCACGAAUGGGACGACAGCAUGUCCGAGUCGAGCUCGGUCCAGUCGGGCCAGGGCGCGUCGGGGUCGGGCUCGGGACCGUCAUCAGGCCCCCGCGCCCACCGCCACGGCUCCAUCGGCUCGUCCCCGCUCGUCCCAGAGAACCAGGCGCGUAAACCCGCCACAUCCUCGGGCGCCCGCACGUCGCUGGACGCACACCGCAAGAACGCGCGGUCAGGCAGCACCUCGUCGCAGGACUCGGCGCUCCCGCCCCCGCCCCCGCCCAAGGACGGCGGCGGCAACGGGUCGUCGGCGUCAAAGCGCGCCGCAGACCAGCCGGGACGGACCCGCCGCAGGCGCAAGAGGCAGCAGGUCGUGCUCGUCCCGCCCGAGAUCAAGGCCAUCACCGAGCUCCGCCCGCUGUUUGUCGAGGUCGUCAAGGAGAUGUUGGUCGUCAAGCCUCUGACGCCUUGA